AUGGAGCCCCCCAGCUUCCCCAUCAAGCGGGAGCCCCACGAUCCAGAAGAGCCCCAGUUCCUGGAAGAGGCCUGUGAUUCACCAAACGGCACUGAGCGGAGUGUGGGCCGCCCCUUACACCCUGCCGGGAAUGGCUUGCUGCGGGGGACCCCAAAAGACCCUUCUCUCCUUCUUUCCGGAGGGCGGAAAUACUCGGACCAUUGUGAGGAACGGGCCUCGAGGCCUGGCAAGAGUCGCAUUCCCGGCCGGGACCAUCGGCGCUACUACCACGAGCACUGGCGGGCCGAGUACCUGAUGGAUUUCAACGCGGCACGGCACGGCAUGAUCUGCAUGGUGUGCGGCAGCUCUCUGGCCACGCUCAAGCUGAGCACCAUCAAGAGACACAUCCGGCAGAAGCAUCCGUACUCCUUGGCCUGGAGUGCCCGUGAGAAGGAGGGCAUCAUGAACAGUUGGGAUGCCCACCUGGGGCUGGAGGCUGAGACGGAGGGAGGCAGGGAGCCCGCCGAGGGAUCCAGCGCCCAGCAGGGGGGCCAAGGUGUGAUGCUGUCUCCGCCUGCCUCCCCUGCAGGAGAAUUACCGCUGGGCACUGGUCGCAGGAGGCGGCGUGGCCCAGGCCCCCUAUCUUCUCGCGGGGCCUGCCGGUCCCCUGGCUUGGCCUUGAAAGGCUCCUCGGUGGGGGAGGCCCGGAACCUGGAGCGGUACCUGAAGGAGUCCCUGCAGAGCUGGUUCCAGUCGGAAUUCCUCAUGGACUACGACCCGCAGGGCAACCGGCUCUUCUGCAUGAUGUGCGGCUCUUCCUUGCCCAGCCUCAACCUGGAGGACAUCAAGCGGCACGUGAUGGAGGCUCACCCCAGUUCCCUCAGCUUCAGCCCUGCGGAGAAAGCCGCCAUCCUCGAGGCCUGGAACGCCCGUGCAUUGGCGCUGGUUGCCAAGGACGCGAGAGGAGAAGCAGCAGCUGAGGAGGCAGAUGCCGAGGAAGCCCCUCAGGAUCUGAGCAUGAAAGAAGCCGAUCCGUCGCUGUCUCCUGACCCCCCCGCUGGCGAGGAAGGGUCUGAAGAGGCCGGUCCCUGGGACUCGGAAGGGAGUGGCCCGCCCGCCCCUCCCCGCGGCAGGGACCACCGGCGUUACUUCCAGGAGCACUGGGGGGGGGAGUACCUGAUGGACUACAACGGCCUGCGCCACGGGCUGGUCUGCAUGGUGUGCGGCAGUGCCCUGGCCACCCUCAAGAUGAGCACCAUCAAGCGCCACAUCCAGCAGAAGCACCCGGACUCCACGCAGCUCAGCCACCAGGUGAAGGCCCUCAUCGUGAGGGAGUGGAACCGGAAGGUGUCCCGCCUGGCGGAGGCCGAGGACUCCCUGCCUGAAACUGAUCCAGAGCCGGACAAGGUUGAAUCUCAGCCUGCCCUCAAGGUGCCCUCAUCCCUCAAGGAGUCCCAAGAAGGUGGAGCAAUCGCUGUGGGUGAAGAGGAGGAGGAGGAGGAGGAGGAAUUGGCAGCGGCAAGACUGGGUCCCUCGCAGAAACCCGCGGAAGCUGUCUCCAUGCCGGCUGGUACCCCAUCCCGCCGGGGUCAGCGCCGGAACUACCAGCCACGCUGGCGGGUGGAGUACUUGAUGGACUAUGACGAGCAACGGCACGGGCUGAUCUGCAUGGUUUGCGGGGGCACGCUGGCGACCCUGAAGGUCAGCACCAUCAAACGGCACAUCCUUCAGGUCCACCGUUUCUCGCUGGAGUACACGGCUUUGGAAAAACAGACAAUCCUCGAAGCUUAUGCUGAAAACGACCAGGCGCUGAAUCUUGGCCGGCUGGUCCCCAGACCUGCGGCAAACCUUGACUCUGAGCCUCGGGAAGUCAAGCCGAACAUCCAAGGAGCAGGGAAAAUGGCGUUCGGUUACAAUCUGCCUGUAUGUACGGCGUAG